CACGCUGCGCCCUGAGAGCCCCCAGCUAGCGACCCCCUUUAGGGUGGGGAUCCUUGCCGCCCCAUCCCCUCCUCAUCCUCUAACCCACUCCCACAUGCCGCCCCUUUCCCUGUCAGAGGCUUCUAGCUCUCGCCUCCCUUCUCGCUCAGGUUCGGCUCCGGGCCGAGGUCAGCCCGGGUCUCCGCCUCAAUCUCCCCCAGGCUCGCACUCCCUGAUGUAUUUCAUCACCGCCAUGUCCCGGCCCGGCCUCGGGGAGCCCCGCUUCUUCACCGUGGGCUACCUGGACGACACGCAGUUCGCGCGCUUCGACAGCAACGCCACAAACCCGAGCGUACAGCAGGUGAAGCCGAAGUACUGGGACCCACUGGCCAACGACAUAAAGGGAAUCUACAGCGCGAACCUGAAGUACCUGCUGGACCAUUUCAACCAUAGUGAGGCCGGGUCUCACACCUACCAGGUAAUGUAUGGCUGCGAAGUGGGACCGAAUGGGCGCUUCCUCCACGGACACUGGCAGAUUGGCUACGAUGGUGCUGACCUCAUCUCCCUCAACGAGAACCUGAGCUCCUGGACCGCGGCCAAUGCAGAGGAGGCUCAGAUCACCAAGCGCAAAUGGGAGGCUGCACGUGUGCCUGAGCCUUACAAAGCCUACCUGCAGGGGAAGUGUGUGGACAAUCUGAACAAGUUCCUGAAGAACGGCACGGCGAAGCACCGAUCCCCUCCCACAGCUCAUGUGACCCACCACCCAGUCUCUGACCAGAAGGCCACCCUGAGGUGCUGGGCCCUCGGCUUCUACCCCAAGGACAUCACACUCACCUGGCACCGAGAUGGGGAGGACCUGACCCAGGACACAGACCUGAUAGAGACCAGACCUGCAGGGGAUGGAACCUUCCAGAAGUGGGCAGCUGUGCUGGUGCCUGCUGGAGAGGAGCAGAGAUACACAUGCCACGUGGAGCAUGAGGGACUGCCUGAGCCCCUCACCCUGAGAUGGGAGCCUCUUUGGCCCACUGUGCUCAUGUGGGGAGUCAUCAUUGCAGUCCUCCUGGCAGCUGUGCUCAUUGGAGCUGGGGUCACUGCUGUGAUGAUGAAGAGGAAGCGCUCAGGUAGGGCAGGGGUAAGGGGUAAAGGGUGGCUACACAUUUUCUUUUCCCACUGGAGAGUUUUAAGCCCCAGGUGGAGAUUUGCUGGUCUCUUGCCUUGUCGCUAUGAGGUACUAUCCACACACAUGUGCCUACCCAGUGUGGGCCCCAUGUUUGAUCACUAACUCUAGAGCACAUGGCCAGGAGGGACUGGCAUGGCAGGCUGGUGAUUCUGAUGAUAGAGACCUGGAUCCCAGCAGCCAGGCGAGAGGAGGGCCCUGCCCAAGGACAGAUCUCCAGGAGGCACUUGGUCCUCUUUCCACACAUCUCCUUUCCUCAUGUGUCCUUGAGUCUCCAGUCAGAGUUCUGGAAACUUCCCUUGGGUCCAGGUCUAGAGGGUUUGUCUAGAAAAGCAGUUGGGAACAUGGUCUUGCCCUGUCAAGGCAACACAGGUAGGACCUGAAAUUCAAUACGCCGAGGCACGGUAUGGUAGCCUAGUGGCUAAAGGCCUCCCCUUGCAUGC